AUGCUUGGAACCAGCAGCUUGAGAAGUGAAAAGGGUCUUAACACGCUGAUUGUGGUGGAUUUUACUGCUGCAUGGUGUGGACCAUGUAAACUUAUUGCCCCAGCUGUGGAAAACUUAGCCAAGAAGCUGCCCAAUGUCACAUUCUUGAAGGUCGAUGUGGAUGAAUUGAAGGAACAUGAUGGGAAGGAGCAUAUAUACAAAAACACUGCUGAUUAUGACGUUGGGAAGAAGACAGCAAAGAGCGUCAGCAAGAUGGUAGGGUCAAAUACCUAG